AUGGCAGCUCAAAGCAACCGCCUCAUCUUCGGCGCAGCACAGUUCGGCAGCGCCGAUCGACCAGACGAGGUAUGUCAGAACGUCUUGGAUGUCCUCAAGUCAAAUGGCGUGUCUCAAAUCGACACAGCGCAACUGUAUGGCAUGGGCGAAUCCGAAGCCGCCAUUGGUCGGAUCAAAGCACUCGAACAAGGCUUUACAGUCGACACGAAGUGGAUCGGCGGUUUUACAGGAAAGAACUGGGCAACCUACGACAACAUCGUCAAGACUGCCAAGGAAAGUCUGCAGAAGCUAGGUGUGGACAAGGCAAAGGGCCUUGAGGUCGAUAUCUUCUACAUGCACAGUCCUGACACGAGUGUCCAGUUUGAGGAAACGUUGAGGGGUAUUGAUGAGGCGUACCGAGCAGGUGGGUUUAAGAGGUUCGGAUUGAGCAACUAUUCAGUCAGUCAUGUCAAGGAGGUACUUGAGAUUUGCAAACAAAAGGGCUACGUGCUACCAAGUGUGUAUCAGGGCAAUUACUCAGCCAUUGCACGGAAGGCGGAAGAUGAGCUAUUUCCGCUUCUGCGACAACACAAGAUAUCAUUCUAUGCAUACAGCCCUAUUGGAGGUGGCUUCUUGGUCAAGACCAGAAAAUUCAUUGAAGACCGACAGGGACGCUUCAGUCCCGACGCCAUCGGAGGCCUCUACGCAAAGAUGUACAAUCAGCCAACAUUCCUGACCCUGCUCGAUGAAUGGGGUAACGUCGCAUCGGAAGAGGGUGUAUCCAAGGCCGAACUUGCCUUUCGAUGGGUCAAUUACCACGGUGCUUUGAAGCCGGAUAUGGGAGAUGGUGUUAUUUUUGGUGCUUCCAAAAACGAGCAAAUUGAGCAGACUGUUAGUUAUCUGAGGAAAGGACCACUCAGUCAAUCUGCGGCGAAGAAGAUCGACGAGCUUUGGGACGGUGUCAAAAACGAUGCUUUCAUGGAUAACUUUGAGGCUGCCUUCAGUAGUGCUUAG